CCUUGCGAAAUCGAUGCACCAUCGUUCAGAGACGUUCAAUGCAAUGAAUUCAACGAUUGGGUCUUUCCAGAGGAUGGAAAAAUUCAUCGAUGGAUAGCUUAUAAUUUGCCGGAAAAAAUCACUUAGGAAUGUACGAAGUGGCAGGCUCGAAGGCGUGGCUCGGUAUGAUAAGACCGAGACAGGGAGCUUUAAAUGUGCCAGGACCCGUCACGGAAGACUUGGUUAUAUUGGUACACCCGGUGGAAAAUGUAACCUUGAAAUACUCGUUGGGAUUGAAACAAGAUAAACCACGGAGGGGAAGAUUCUCAUGGGGUUUUGUUGACUGGGAACCAUGUACAGCUGUUUGCGGACCCGGCGAACAGGUCUCGAAGGCACGUUGUAUAGAGGAAAUCGGUGGUAUGGUCGACGAGAAUAAUUGCAAAAAUCUAACAAAACCGGAUGUGAAAGUUAGACCGUGCGAUCAAGCACCCUGUUUACCCAGAUGGAUGUUAGGCGAUUGGCAAGGUUGCGAGAAUUGCACGGCAACGUGUAAAAGGAUACGAGCAGUGAAAUGCAUACGUCCGAUUGGUCAUGGUGAACAGGACGUCGAUAUUAUACCGGAUAACUAUUGUCAAGGACCAAAACCAAAAGAGUCAAUGUUAUGUUCCUCCGAAAUAAAUCAAAUCGAUCGUAUCAUCGAGGAUAUCUCAAUUGAUGAGGAUAAAUCGUUAAUUAACAAUGAGACUACGGUUAACCUUGAUGACAUUAAUAAAGGAGAACUCAUGAUCGAUAAGGAAUAUAUUGAUAAUUUGACCCUUACCAUUAUAAUCGAACGCGACGAAAAUAAUAAUAUUAUUAAUUUGCCGAAGGAUCUUUCCUUGAAAACGUCAGAAAAUGAUACGGAAUUAUUAUUGGUCGGAAUGGAUGCUCUUAUCAAAAUUAAACGCUCAACAAUCGACGAUGAGUAUAUUUUGUUUCAACCUCAAACCACAUUUACAGUAAAUUAUUCAUUCCCGUAA